AUGUCGUAUAAACAAUAUUUUGAUAGUUUACCUUUGAAAUUGAAGUCCUUUUUCCAAAGAUAUCCCCCUUCAAUCAAGUAUUCUCCAGUGUCUACAUCUACAAAGGCUAUCAAUGCCAACCCCUUCCUACCAAAUAAACAUCCAGUCACUCAGCGGUUCCAUGAUCCGAAAUAUUCACUUAGAAGGAUGAGUGACGUAUAUAAGUUGGCGCUGCGUUAUGGAGUAGAGGACUUUUUACCACCGAUAGAAAACACUAAGAAACUUUUUUUUGAAGAGAAGUACAAUAAGAAGACCCUCAUGAAGGGUGUCCUCUUGCCCAAGGGCCAUAAACAUGAGUUGAAAUUAAGCGAAAAGUUGAAAAAACGUGAAGAAGCUCUGAAGAAGGUAGAUGAUUUGAUUGCUUCUAAAAAGGGUUCGAAAUAUGCUAAGAGAGUAGAAAAAAUGAAAAAAACCCAAAAUAUAGGCUGGUUCUGA